AUGAGGAAGCAGGCUGACAGAGGACCAUCUAAGAAAGAAGGCCUGACUGAGGUUGCCACUGACUCUGAGAGAUACCUAGCUGCUUCAUCUGGACCUCAGAGGACCGCGUCUACAACCUGGAGGCGGAGACACGGGGCGAACGAACGGCCAGGGAGAAAUAACAGCAACUUCCCAGCCCGGGCUUCAAAGCGGAUCACGUGCCUCGGGCGCCCCCUCCCCCAGGGCAGGGGGCGGGAUGGAGACGCGGCCUCCAGCCGCGCUUUCCUCGCGGGGCGCCGCUUGGCCAAGCGUCACCUCGGCCUCCGUUCCAGCCCCCACGCCAGAAAGCCGCGAGCUGGGGGCUCUGAGGUGACCCUCACCUCGGGUUGCGGCGGGGGCACCCGAAUGUUUCAGUCUUCACGUCCCCCUCCUCACGCUGACCCCGCAGCCGUCAGCCCCCCCCACACCCCAGGCCACCCCGCGAGCCCGUCCUGCCGUGGCGCCGGUGGGAGCCGCGUCUACGUGACGGCGGCGGCGAGGCGCAGGGUCCGGCCUCCCGCAGAGCAGCACCGCGCCGAGUUGGAAGACCCCAGCCGCUCGCGAGCGCAGAAACGCGACGCCCGCCGCGGAGGCCGAGCCGCGACGGCGGGUCGCGCGAAGGCGCGAGGACCCGGCCCGGCGCCCGCUUACCUGCGGCGACUCCGCUCCGGACCCGCGCCGGCGCCCGCGGGCGGCCGAGGGGAGGCGGCGGCUGGACGGCGACAGUGA